AUGAGUGACACUUUUGAUAUUAAAAACGUGUUUGAACAAACCAAAGAAUUGUACGGUAAUUUGAUUCAAUCGGUAGAUUUUAAUGAUACUUAUCUACGCUAUUCAUUAAUAUGGGUUGCUUUUAAUCCUAUCUUUUGGAAUAUUGUAGCUAGAUUAGAAUAUAAUACUCAUUUCUUAACUAAAAUUGCAGGUUCUGCUAAAGCAGGUUGUUACACAUUGGCUGUUAUUAUUUUCACUUUAGGUAUAGGUCGUGAUCAUAUGUUUAACCUUGCAUUGCAAAAUCAGGAAACUUCUCCUUUCCUACAAAUAGAUAUUUUACAAAAAGUUGGCUAUACCGCGAUCGUCAUUGGCCAAAUUUUAGUAUUAUCAUCAAUGUAUCAAUUAGGUAUUACAGGUACGUAUUUAGGAGAUUAUUUUGGUAUUCUGAUGAAGGAUAGAGUAACUUCUUUCCCAUUUAAUGUAUCUAAUAAUCCAAUGUACCAAGGUUCAACAUUGUCUUUCUUAGGAAUUUCUUUAAUUAAAGCUAAACCUGCAGGUCUAAUUGUUGCAUUAGCUGUACAAUUUAUGUAUGAUAUCGCUUUACAAUUUGAAGAGCCUUUUACAGCUAAAAUUUAUGCAAAUAGAGAUAAAUUAGAAAAUGAGAAGAAAAAUUUGUAA